CUACAGAAUGAAGGUUGGAAGAGAUAUUAAGGAAUGAUAUUUGAAUGUAUUGGUGAAAAAGAUGAUUCAGAUGUUCUUAUCAUGUAAAUUUGGGGUGAAAUACAGAAGCCGUUUAGCUCAUAAAUUCACAGUGUUCCUCCCUAUGAGAGAUCACAUGUAGUUGAGUUGGAAGUACAUUGGACAAGGAAUUGGAAGAUGUGUUCUAUACCAUUCAAAGUUAAAAUCCUUCAAGAGAUGGCUGAUGUGCUCUAUAGACUUGGGUUAUAGAACAAGUGGAUUAAUAUCAAUUCAGGCAUCAAGAGUCUAUAUUUGUCUUUUACCCAACCCUCAAAUGAAUAUUACUUUUAGGAGAAGAAAAUCUGAUCUUCACUUAACAUGGUUUUUGUAAGAACUUAAGGUAACUUUUAAAAAUUGUCAGGUCCUUUUUGUAUAGCUGUUUCUUCUGAACUCAUACCUCCCCUCAUGAAGGCAGGAAGGUAUUUGAGGAAAUAAACACACAGCCUGAAACUCAUAAAACUCCUGGAAUUUAAAAAUUCACAAGGUCCCAAGAUAGUAUGUAACAGUUGUUGAAGAAAGGAAAACUUGUGAAUUGGUGAACUGCCUGCAAUUUAUGCAGGAAACUUCGUGAACACAGCUUUCAUGAGUUCUCACCCAUGAUGGGAUGGGGUUUGCAUUGGUGCAGCCCCCUUCAACUGGCCCAUGCUCCUGUAAGUGACCCUGUUGAGCUCAUUGGUUCAUUAACCUAGACUCAGGUAUAAUAUUUCCUUGGUAUGCUGAUGUUGGAGUAUCUAUGGUGAAUAGUGUGCGCAUGUCACUCCAGGAAAAGUCACAGAACAAUUAUAUAUCCAUUUUAGCAGAAAGCUCCCGUUGGACACAGUGUGUUUCUAUGGUCAAACAGUUUCUAAUGCCUUAACCUAGAAUCCUUGCCUUAGAAACCAAAUAUAUAUAUGCUUCUAAGAAUUAAUAUGUCAAGGUUUUGUUGGCUCAUAGUAUGAAAAGGUACAUGGAUUCUUACCAAGUGUUGACACUCUCACUGAUGAUUGUAUAUAGCAGUCCUGAAGAGUAAUGAACUAACCAGAAAAUUACUUUGAUUUCCCCCACCAUGUCAUGUGUUUUAUAAUAAAAUAAAUCAUGUUUUUAGUUGCACUUCUUAUUUCAUUUGUGGAAUCUGUUUUGAUCUUGUGAGCAAACAAAUAUUCUCAUGUAAUUAUCUCUAAUGGAGGCAAUUUCUGUGAUCCCAAAUCUCAUGAGAGUCUCUUGGUCACUACACUCCAGUGACGUCAGUUCACAAUUAGUUUCUAAACAUUACAAUGUCUUUUUAUAUAUCUCUGUGUUGAUGACAGUAGCACUCCAAAGUGAUAGAGGUGAGGAAUGUAUUUGUCACCUAUAUAUUGGUUCCUGCAGAAUUGUGCUGUGCUUGUUUGGUGUUUACAAAGAAGAUCCCUGGUUUCUGGACCUAUAGGAUGAGAUAAGUGAGGAUACAUGUUCUUAAGAGAUGAUAAAAAGCCCAAAAUUUAAAAGAUACAGUCACGGCCUUGUCGAUGCCCAAUAAGACAUCUAUGAUUCUGACAUGUGAAUAGAUCAAAGCAAGAACUAACCUCCAAUAAUUCCUCCGAGUCUCUGACAACUGAAGAUCAACUAUCCCAAGAUCAAUGAAUGAAACAAAUUACUCUCGGGUAACAGAGUUUGUGCUGCUGGGCCUGUCAAGUUCAAAGGAGCUCCAACCUUUCCUAUUUGUAAUAUUUUUACUGCUGUACUUAUCAAUCCUGCUGGGCAACUUCCUCAUCAUCCUCACAGUGACUUUAGACUCCAGACUUCAUACCCCCAUGUACUUUCUGCUUGCUAACUUAUCUUUUAUAGAUAUAUGUGUGGCCUCUUUUGCCACACCUAAAAUGCUUGCUGACUUUCUGGUUGCAAAAACUAUAUCCUUUGAAGCCUGCUUGGCUCAGAUUUUCUGUGUUCAUCUCUUUGCUGGUGGUGAGAUGGUACUUCUUGUAUCCAUGGCUUAUGAUCGCUAUGUUGCAAUAUGCAAGCCCCUCCACUACAUGACAAUCAUGAGUCGCCGUGUGUGUAUUAUUCUAGUCAUCAUUCCUUGGUGUGUGGGUUUCAUCCAUACAACUAGCCAGCUGGCAUUCACUGUUAACUUGCCAUUUUGUGGUCCUAACCACGUGGACAGUUUUUUCUGUGAUCUCCCACUAGUGACAAAGCUAGCUUGCAUAGACACUUAUGUUGUCAGCUUACUAAUAGUUGCUUACAGUGGCUUUCUCUCCAUGAGUUCAUUUCUCCUCUUGGUUGUCUCCUACACUGUGAUUCUCGUUACAGUUAGGAAUCGCUCCUCUGCUAGCAUGGCCAAGGCCCGCUCUACCCUCACUGCUCACAUCACUGUAGUCACACUCUUCUUUGGACCAUGCAUCUUCAUCUACGUGUGGCCCUUUAGUGGCUAUUCUGUUGACAAAGUCCUUGCUGUGUUCUAUACAAUCUUUACACCCAUAUUAAACCCUGUUAUCUACACCUUGAGAAACAAAGAAGUAAAAGGAGCUAUGUCGAAGCUGAAGAGUCGCUAUCUGAAAUGUGGACGGGUUUCUGCACAGAUUAGAAAUGUUCUUAUUCUGGAAGCAAAGUAGGAUUACAGGACUGGCAGCGUUUUUUUUAAAGAAACAAUUUCCCUAGACAGUUCCAUAAUUGAAUUGCUGCUGUUUCUAAGGGUAGUCAUUUAACAUGUGGAGAUAUUUAAAAUUAUAGGCUCACUACAAUUGUAAUAAGCAGAACACAUUUUGUGAGAAAUUUUUCUUUCAAUUAUGUUGU